AUGUCCGGCACCGUCCCCUUCGCGACGUCCCUCAGGGACAUCUACCCGGACGCCGCCGUCGACGCCCAGACGACCCGAUGGCGCAGCCUGCUGUCCAAGUUUGAGCAGCGCUACGGCCACGCCGCCGACUUUGUCGCGCGCUCUCCGGGCCGCGUCAACAUCAUCGGCGAGCACAUCGACUACUCACUCUACUCGGUCCUGCCCAUGGCCAUCACGGCCGACUGCCUCAUCGCCGUGUCCACCGAUCACGACGGCGACGACGACGAGAACAGUGCCACCGCCGGCAACAACACCUACAAGAUCCAGAUCGCCAACGUCCAGGACGACAAGUUCCCGGCGCACGAGUUCGACAUCCCCUACGACGCCGUCGAGAUCGACGCCACCGUGCACGAGUGGACGAACUACUUCAAGAGCGGCCUGCGCGGCGCCCUCGAGCUGCUGCGCAGGAAGCGCGGCGCCGACGGCGUCAGGCCCCGGAGCAUGCGCGUGCUCAUGGACGGCACCGUGCCCUCGGGCGGCGGCCUCAGCUCCUCGGCCGCCUUUACCAGCACGAGCGCCCUGGCCGUCAUGAUCGCCAACGGCGAGAAGGAGGUCAGCAAGAUGGAGCUGACCGAGCUGGCCAUUGUCAGCGAGCGCGCCGUCGGCGUCAACUCUGGAGGCAUGGACCAGUCCGCCUCGGUCUUCUCCGAGCGCGGCUCCGCCCUCUUCGUCUCCUUCUCCCCCAAGCUCUCCGCCCGCCCCGUCUCCUUCCCCGCCACCAACCCGGAGCUCUGCUUCCUCAUCGCCCAGUCCUUCGUCGCCGCCGACAAGCAGGUCACGGGCCCCAUCCACUACAACCUGCGCGUCGUCGAGUGCACCCUGGCGGCGUGCUACCUCAACGCCGUGCUCAACCCGCCCGGCACGCAGCUCCCCGGCGACGCGGGACCCCUGGGCGUGUCCCUGCACGGCUUCCACGAGACCUUCUACGCCUGCCUGCAGCACCAGGGCCACCCCUUGCCGCGCUCGACGCAGGAGGAGCUCGCGCAGCUCCUCGAGCUCGCGGGCCUGACCCUGACCAAAGAGGAGGGCUACACGCGCGCCGAGAUCGCCGCCGUGCUCGACGUGCCGGUCGCCGAGCUCGACGCGCGCUACACGAGCGCCUUCCCCGUGCGCGCCGAGCGCUUCAAGCUGCGCCAGCGCGCCAUGCACGUCUUCGCCGAGGCCCUGCGCGUCCUGCGCUUCAUGGAGCUGCUCGAGGCCGGGCCCGGGCCGGAGACCGCGGGCGACGCGGGAGGCGGCGACACGACGGCCUACAACACAGCGCUCGGCGAGCUGCUCAACGAGACGCAGGCCUCGUGCCGCGACGUCUACGAGUGCUCGUGCCCCGAGAUCGACGAGCUGUGCGCCAUCGCCCGCCGCGCCGGCAGCUACGGCAGCCGCGUCACGGGCGCCGGGUGGGGCGGGUGCAGCGUCCACCUCGUCCCCGCCGACCGGGUCGCCGCCGUGCAGGAGGCCUGGGACCGCGAGUACUACAGCAAGCUGCAGCUGACGCCCGAGCAGCGCGAGGCCGCCUACGUGCUCAGCCGGCCCGGCAGCGGGAGCGCCGUCUUCACCGUCGAGGGCGGGAGCUUGUAG